CCUCCUCUUCCGCUUCUCUCUCAUCCCCGCGCUCUCUUUCUCGUGGCGCAAGAUGGCGGCGCCGGGCGCUGCACCUCAGGCGGCCGCGUCUUCUUCCUCCUUCCUGGGCUUCGGAGCCAACUCGCGUGACCCCAGCCAGCUCCCCUCGCGGCGGGUGGGCGGCCGGGGCGCCCGGAACCGCAAGAAGGGCUGGAAGCGCUGGCGGGGCCCCGAAGCCAAGCUAGGCCGAGACCUCGGGGACUGGCUGGAGGAGCGGGUCUCGGAGCUGCGGCACUUGGGGUCAGAAAGAGCAACCAGCCAAAGAGAAGCCGCUGAAGAUCGACCUGAUCUUACAGCCGGAUUCCAAGGUCCCCCCUCCCAAAGACAUCCUUUCGCAUCAGGUCCCCAAUGGCCGGAAGUUGAAACGGAAAGAGCGGCUCUGGGAGAAGCUGGCGGAAAAAGGGGUGGUGCCCCGAAAAGAACGGCUCCUUCAGCAGAGGUUGCGCAACCCCCCCAAACCCAAGACAGCCGGAGAAGACAGCGGGACCGAUCCCUCGAGGGCCUUCUAUGACAUUUGGGCAGAUUCCACGUACCCACUUCCUGUUAUGAACCUGGUGAAAAUGCCUUGCAAGUUCUUCGGAGCUAAUCAACAGCAGGCGUCCUUCUUUUCAUCUGAUAACUACGGCGCAGGGUCUUGUAAGAAUAACAAUGCAGCGCGAAUUGUGAAUGAGAUGGAAAGACACUUUUUGGAGCUGCUGCAGUUCAAUAUCAAUGUUCCUGCCAGUGUUUACGCCAAAUACUACUUCGACCUACGCUCCUUAGCAGAUGAUAACAACUUGUGCUUCCUGCUGGAGCCGCUCAGUAAAGAACGAGCACAGAAAUUAGAGGUAAUAGUGUGA